AUGAUUUUGUUUUUGUAUCCGUUCGCAUCCGUCUCGCACCCAAAAGCGAGACACGGCAGAUCAGCCAUACAGCAGCUCAGCUACCCCGACGGCAGUUCGGCCAUACUUGCAGUCAGUUACACCGACGGUCACACCGACCACAUAGCAGUUCAGCUACCCAGACGGCAGAUCAGCUCAGCAGACACCAGCCUGUUCCGGAGUGGUUCAAUGAUUGUACCCCCUUUGUCAUUAAUUAUUUACAUUGUGUCACCAUAA